UAUUAAGUUGAAGUUCAAAUAUCUCUUGAAUUUAAAUCCAGAGAGAUUUAGAAUGGCUGUGUUGUGGAGUUUUCCUAGGUUAGCCUGUAAAGUUAGUAUGAAAUCCAUGUGUGUCUGACGUCUGAAUGGAAUUAGCAAAGCCAGGGACAUUUAGUGCUCCUUAGUAUGACUUUCUGCCCAUCUCACCUGUCCCACAAUGUCCUUGUGAGUCGGAGAGUUUCCAGGAGGACUCCCCGUCGGCCACUGAAAUUUAUGGUAAGAGUUGAUGGGAAGAGACCCGCUGCGGGGGAGGAAGCCUCUCAGGGAGUGGUGAGUCCAUGCGGGUUAGUGGGCAGCCUGGGUAGGGGCAUUCAGUGAGGGUGAACUGUGGCGGGGGUGUGAGGAAUCCGGGGAUUACUGGGUGCGGGAGAAUGCGGGGCCAGGGACGGAGCUAUAGGGAGGACAGACUGGGGCCCAGGAAGUAGGGAACUGCAGAGACGCGCGGCCGAGCGGGGCCUGGGCUGGGAGGGGGCGGUCGUUUGGGGGCCGGGCCCUGGGUAGGGGGGACGGCACGCCGUGGGAUGGAGGCGCGGGUACCUGCCUGUUGCCUGGUUGGAGGCCUCUGGCCGAUAGAGGGAGCUGUGGGUCUGGCGGCCCCGAUACCGCGGGCGCUUAGGUGGGACCGCGCGUGCGCGCGGAGCGGCGUACAUAUGCCGGGGUCCGCGCAUAGCCCGAGCUGAGACUGCGGGCGGGGGCCGAGGCGCCGCCCAUUGUCCCGCCCCCCGGGACCGCCUAUUGUGCCGUGACGCUUGCGCCGCCCUCGCGGCCUGGCGGGGGAGGGGCGACCCGCGCCGCAGUCAGCGUCGCCGCCAUGGAUCUAGGACCUUUGAAUAUCUGUGAAGAAAUGACUGUUCUGCAUGGGGGCUUCUUGCUGGCCGAGCAGCUGUUCCGCCCCAAAACACUGGCAGAAUUGACCAAGUCUGACUGGGAGCAUGUCGGGCGGCCGAUUGUGGAGGCUCUGAGGGAGAUCUCCUCUGCCACGGCCUGCUCCCAGCCCUUCGCCUGGAAGAAGAAAGCUCUGAUUAUCAUCUGGGCCAAGGCUCUGCAGCCCUACCCUGUCACGCCUUCUGACACUGAAACCCUGUGGCAGGAAGAUGUGUUCUUCUCCGUGGGCAACAUGAUCCCCACCAUCAACCACACGGUCCUCUUUGAGCUGCUUAAGUCCCUGGAAGCUUCCGGACUCUUUAUCCAGCUCCUGAUGGCCUUGCCCACUACUGUCUGCCAUGCAGAACUAGAGCGCUUUUUGGAGCACAUGACUAUCGACACUUCUUCGAAGGAUGUGGCCUUCUUCCUCGACGUUUGGUGGGAAAUGAUGAAGCACAAGGGCAAUCAGCAGGACCCCCUGCUCUCCCAGUUCCGGACAAUGGCCCAUAAGUACCUGUCCUCUUCAGAUGAGUUCUCCCACCCUCCAAAGAGGUUUAAGUCCGACCCGGAUGUGUGUCCUACCGUGCCCCUGCUGGGCAUGCUGCUCACUGGGCUGAAGCAAAUCCAGGAUAGGAUCCUGUGCCCCGGGAUGAAGUGUUGCGCCUUGGCCAACUUGGCUGACAUGCUGACCGUGUUUGCACUGAUGGAGGACAACCCCCAGGAAGUGUCCGCCACUGUGUACCUAGACAAACUGGCCACGGUGAUCUCCGUGUGGAACACGGACACCCAGAACCCAUAUCACCAGCAGGCACUGGCAGAGAAGGUGAAGGAGGCAGAGCGGGACAUCAGCCUGACCUCACUGGCCAGGCUGCCGAGCGAGACAAUCCUCGUGGGCUUCGAGUUCCUGCGCAGCCUGCUGCGGGAGUGGCGGGAGGAGCUGCGGGCCACGCUCGGUGGCAGCCAGGGGACGAGCUACAGCAGCUACCGGCUGUGCGACAGCCUGACCUCCUUCAGCCAGAACCUGAAGCUCUACCUGGACACCGCUAGCCUGUCCAAGGAAGAGAGGCAGGUGGCCUCUGAGCUGGCGGAGUGCGUGGGUGACUUCCUGAAGGACACGAACAGGGUGCUGAAGAACAAGGGCUUUGAGAAGGACAUCACUGCCUCCAUCGCCAUGGCCAUCAUCGAGCAGAAGUUGGACCGGCACGUGGAAAUGUGCUACAUUUUCGCUUCUGAGAGGAAGUGGGCCUUCUCGGAUGAGUGGCUGGCCUGCCUGGCCAGCAGCCGGGCUGUCUUCCAGGAGCCCGGCCUGGUGUUAGAGCUGCUGGAAGCAGUGGUGGACGUCAGCGCGGCAGACGGGGCUGUCCCCAGACCCCAGAUCAAACAGGUCAUCGACUUGAUCCUGGAGUGUCAUGCACACCUCUCACUGCCAGAUAAAAAUAAAGUCCUCUCGGGCGUCCUGCUCUCCUGGGGGCGCAAGGGCCUCUCUGAGAAGUUGUUGGGUCACUUGGAGGGGUUUCAGGAAGACCUCAACACGACUUUUAACCAGCUCACGCAGAGCGCUUCUGAACAGGGCUUGGCUAAUGCCAUCGCUUCUGUGGCCCGCCUAGUCAUUCUGCACCCGGAGAUCACGGUGAAGAAAGUGUGCAGCAUGGCCGUGGUCAACCUUGGCACCCACAGGUUCCUGGCUCAGAUUCUCACCGCCUUCCCUGCCCUCAGGUUCGCGGAAGAGCAGGGUCCAAAUCCCUCCACGACGAUCGUGGUGUCCUGCCUCAAAGAAACAGUCUGGACGAAGUUCUCUACACCCAGGGAAGAGAAGCAGUUUCUGGAGUUCCUGAGAUGCCUGGUGAAUCCUGUGAAGCCCCAAGGGAUUCCAGUUGCUGCUCUUCUCAAGCCAGAUGAGGUGCUAAAGGAAUUCGUCCUGCCUUUCCUGAUGCUCGACGUCAAAGAGGUGGACCUCAGUCUGAGGAUCUUCAUCCAGACUCUGGAAGCAAACACAUGUCUAGAGGAAUACUGGCUGCAGACCUGCUCUCCGUUCCCACUCAUCUUCAGCCUGUGCCAGCUCCUGAAUGGCUUCAGCAGAUACUGGCAGCUCCCCAAGGAGAAGCGCUGCCUCCCCCUGGACGGGAAGGACCUGGUGAUCCACAUCCUGGAGCUCCUCUGUGAGGUGGUGUCGGCUAACGCCGAGACCUUCUCCCCGGACACCUGGGUCAAGUCCCUGUCCUGGCUCCACGGGAAGCUGGAGCAGCUGGACUGGACUGUGGGCCUGAGACUGAAGAGCUUCUUUGAGGGCCACUUCAAGUGUGAGGUACCAGCCACGCUCUUUGAGAUCUGCAAGCUUUCUGAGGACAAGUGGACCUGCCAGGCCCGCCCCAGGUAUGGGCCCGGCACAGGCCUCCUGGCCUGGAUGGAGUGCUCCUGCAUCUCCAGCAGCAUCUCUGAGCAGAUGCUCGCCCUGCUGGUGGUGGAUGUGGGCAACCCUGAGGAGGUCAGGUUGUUCAGCAAGGGCUUCCUGGUGGCCCUGGUGCAGGUCAUGCCGUGGUGCAGCCCCCAGGAGUGGCAGUGCCUUCACCAGCUGACCAGGAGACUGUUGGAGAAGCAGCUCCUGCAUGUCCCCUACAGCCUGGAGUAUAUUCAGUUUGUCCCUCUGCUCAACCUGAAGCCCUUUGCCCAGGAGCUCCAACUCUCCGUACUCUUGCUGAGAGCUUUCCAGUUUCUCUGCAGCCAGAGUUGCCAUAACUGGCUCCCUGUGGAAGGCUGGAGCCAUGUGGUCAAGCUCCUCUGCAACAGCCUGACCAACCUCCUGGACUCUGUUCGGUUGAUACAGUCAGUUGGCCCUUGGGCCCAAGGACAAGAGCAGGACCUGACCCAGGAAACCCUGUUUUUUUACACCCAGGUGUUCUGUCACGUUCUGCACAUCAUGGCCAUGCUCCACCAGGAGGUGUGUGAACCACUGUAUGUUUUGGCCUUGGAGAUCCUCACCUGCUACGAAACCCUGAGCAAGACCAACCCUUCUGUCAGCUCCUUGCUCCAGAAAGUAAACGAGCAGCACUUCUUAAAGUCCAUCGCCGAGAACAUUAGCCCCGAGGAGCGGCGCCAAACCCUCCUGCAGAAGAUCAGCAACUUCUGACCUUCGUGGGUCAGAAAACAGCUGGGCCUCAACCUGGCCAGGUCUACGGGGGCUACAGCUGAAAAACACAAAUUUUUCGGUUAUGUGAAAUUUUACACAAGCCCAAAAAUCUGACGACAUUGUAAAGAAAAUAGUUUCUUAGGUAUUUGUAACAUACAGAUUGUAAUAAAAUUCUCUUUUGAGUUUUA